UUCGUUCAAAAUGAAGAAAAUGACGCCAUAACGCCUCUUCCGGAGGAUACGAAAAGGAUAUCCACCCUUCCUAGAAGAAAAUCUCCCUCGCAACUUUUCACUAAAGCAGUUACGGCACUUGCUCCUGUUCCCGCUGUAGCUUCUUGUCCUAGCAUAGUCAAACUGGAAAAUAGAGUCUCGGUGAAUAACGAAACAGAUCUCUCGUAUGAUGAAGGUUUGGUCAGUGAUUCUGAAGUUGGGCCCGGAGCUUACGUCGCUGCUUAUGUCAGCUGUGUGACAUCAUCACCAAAGCAAGCUUCCGCUAGACGAGGACAUGUCCGCUCGGCCAGUGACAACGUCACUUCCGGUUCAUCCACUGUACUUCCUGAAGUUCGAAUUAAAAAGACUUCUAGCACAGAAAAACUCUGGUUUUCUGUCACAAGUCGUUUAAAUGGGACCGAAAAGCAGCGAAAAAGGAGGAAAGCAGUUGGCUGUAAGCAAACUAUGGGAGAUGUGGAUCAAGAGCCUGUAAAAAGCGGUCGUUCUCUGACUUACCCUCCACAAAGAAAAAGUUCCACAUCUGAAGAAGAACAAGAGUUUACUUCUGUUGACAGCAAUGGGUUGAAAUCUCUGAAACAUCAAACUGUAGGUCUUAUGGACUCUAGUUCGGAUGCUGUACGACUUCUGAGCGAUUUGUCUCUUGCUGAUAGUCACUUAUGUCCUAGUGAAGGAACAAUCGAAGAAACCUAUCUGGAUGUAGUCGAUAGUGUAAUUCAUUCACCUUCUGAUCCGCAACAUCUCUCUGUUGACGAAUCCAACUCAGCUGCGAGCAGUAAAUCUCACAAGAAGAAGCACCACAGUGAUCCUGGUGGAGAGGCUGGCUCCAACAGCUCUGCUGAUGGUUUUAUAGCAGAAGUAAUAGUUGGCUUGGUGCGAAGUGAACCUGACUUGGGUAGUAACGAAACUAGUGUCACUGCAAAUUCGUCAUCCUGUUCCUCAGCUUCUUCUGAAACCUCGUCUCGGGCCACUCAAACUCCGCAUUUCGAUGACGAACGGCCUACUCCUUUGAAAUUGGUUAUUGAUGGACCACAAAAUGCACAAGGGACCAAACAUAGCCGAAGGAUUGCCGGAGGGUCAUUGACGUCUGGAGCAACAAGCAGUAGGUUCCACUUUCCUGAGACGGAUACCAGCAACCAACGCCUGGCAAUUGAGCAGAACCAAUCUUCGAAGAGUCCUCAAGAACAAAGACGUUAUUCCAAACGCCGUCUUCGAGGACCUUAUGGGGAAAUGCUUGAAGAAGAAAUGAGGAAAUCUGGUGAGAAACAGAAAUCGGUGUUAAAUGAUCUCAGCUUUCUUCAGAACAUUGGUGAUUCCGGAACCAAAAACCAAGAUGGUUCCUUGGAAUCGUCUUCGCAGUCACAGAACCGACCGGCCAUGUUCGUGAGCAGUCAGUCCCUGGAUGAUGCAAGUUCUAUGUCGUCAAGAAAUGAAUUAUCAAUGUGUGUUACCCCUAAAAGAAAGAUUAGUGCGAAUUACCCCCUUCUAACGGAUGGGGAAAGUGUUGCAAUUGCGAGUGAUGAGGAUAUAUCGCCAACUAAACCACCCACUCCAAGUGAACAAAUUACUAGUAAUGACAUUGUUCGCAAUGAAAGUAGUUCGGACGUUAAAAAUGAAUGUCAGCAGAAAAGCAAAGAUGACGUUAAAGGAUUACCAGAUUUCGCCAAGAUUCAGGAGCGGCAUUCGGCUUAUCCUACUCCAGAAUGUCUGAGAAAGGCAACCGAUACCAGAACUCAUGUUGUCGCAGAGUUAUAUGAUACAGAGAAAUCAUAUGUUGAAUCCUUACAGAUCAUUGCGCAUAAAUACAUGAAGCCUCUAAAGAGUCCUGAAUGUAGCGGCAUUGUAGAUAGUGGCCUAGUGGACGAAAUUUUCUACCAGAUUCCCGAAAUCCUGUCCCAUCAUGAAAGUUUUCUUGACCUAUUAAGAACACGGUUGAACAAUUGGGACACGAAGCAGAAGGUGGGAGAUGUCUUCGUCGAAGCAUUUACGAAGCAGCAAAUUAUUGACACCUAUACCGCCUUCAUCAACAACUGGAAAUCUGCAAAAGAUGCAAUUAAAGUGGCUACUCAAGCGAAGCCGGCCUUUGCAAGGUUCCUUGAACAUAUGUCAAGGGAACAUAAGGGAAAGUUAACGCUGGAUGCCUUGCUUAUUAUGCCAGUUCAAAGGAUUCCUCGUUACGAACUGUUGAUAAAGGAACUUCUCAAACAUACUCACGUGGAUCAUCCAGAUCAUCAUCUAUUGGUCCUAGCUCAAAAAGAAGUGCAUGAUUUAGCAAUUAAAAUUAACAGAAUGGAAAGAGAAGCGUUCCAACUGGAGCAAAUGCAAGCACGAGUGCGGGACAUUGAACAGCUUGUCGAUGGAGUUAUGGAUUUAGUGCAGCCGGAUCGAGACUACAUUCGUCAUGAUGUCGUAUCAAUGCCUGGUGGCCUUGGGACAAAGAAAGAAAGAUGUAUCUUCCUCUUUUCUGAUGUACUGCUCAUUACAAGUAUGAAAAAGAAAAGCACAACCAUGAGGAAACCAUCCUCAACAUCUGCAAUUCCUCAGAAUAUUAUAAGCAGCUUAGAAAUGAACAAAUACAAACUUCUAACAAGAUUAUCUUUAGACAAUCUGGACAUAGCUAAAAGUACAGAUGGAAACAUGAAGAAAGCGUUAAAGGAUAUCGAAAAUCUUGAAGAAGAUGUUGCUCUACUCUCUCAAAUUAGUGAGUUAGUUGCAAAAAUGAAUAAUCAUCAGCAGGCAUUGGAAGAUGUUGUCAAAGAUUUGACCAAUGGAAUGGUUAAGCAACUACAUGAGAAACAAAACCAAGACUCACAACUUGUGAAUCUUGAACUGACAAUCACAACGCAGGAAGGAGUUGAAAGUUUAAUAUUCCAAUUCUGUUCACCUGAGAAAAGAGCCAUAUGGGAGGCUGCCUUCAACGACGCGAAGCAAAAGCUAGCGCUUUCAACGGAUCGUAGACCUCCCCCCGAGUUUAUGCAUCCACUUCCAAUUCGUAAAACAAGAGCCGGGUUGCAGUUUACUUGCGCUACAGCUACACUGGGCCUCAACCAGCAGGGUUUGCGAGAUGUUUGGGUGUGCAACAGCGAUGGCUAUGUGGGACAAGUCUGUGUGCUUAGCUUGAUGCCUGAGCCAACAGUCAUGUCUUGCAAUGGUGUCUGCAAUGCACGCAUCAUAACUAUCGCAUCUAUUCCAGCUGCUAAUUCCACGUAAGUGUAUUCUGAAAAAGCUCGUUGGAGGCCUGAUAACGUGUCUGGAGUAAGUGUUGAAGUGCAAGAAGUGGAUGAAGAAUUUGAUGAAGAACGAGCAAGUAACGGGAACAUACAACUUGACAGCGAUUCUAGUGAUGACGACGAUGACACUGAAUCCACAGAUGAGGAAAAAGGAAAAGAUGAAAAUCGAAAAAGAGGGAAUUCCAUACCUAAAGAAGAUUGUCAAGAUGAUAUGGACAAUAAGCAACCUACUAUGUGGCUCGGCACAGAGGAUGGAUGUAUUCAGGUUUACAACUGCAAUGACAAUAUUCGAACCAAGAAGAAUAAGAUCAAAAUACAGCAUGGAGCAUCAAUUAGUUGUAUUAUAUAUUUGGACAAUAAAGUUUUUGUUUCAAUUGCAAAUGGUGAAAUCCACAUGUAUAAGAAAGAUCCAGAUGGAGGCUGGUGCACAACUGAAUCACAGAAAGUAACCCUAGGAAAUACUACGGCUCCGGUAACAAGAAUGUUGGCUGUUGCUGGAAAACUCUGGUGCGGAUGUCAGAACAUGAUUCAUGUGAUAAACACUACAAAUCUUGAAGUUGAGCAUUCUUUUGCUGUCAGCAGUGAUGUCACGCGGACAGUUUUGUGCAUGGUUACAUCUGGUCUAGGAGUAUGGAUAGCUCUGCAUCAUAGUGCUAUACUCAGACUUUUUCAUGCAACAAGUUAUGAAUGCUUGUUUGACAUCAAUGUUGCCCCUGCUGUAACUAAAAUGCUUUCUGGUUGUGAUGACAUAAUAAGACAGCAUAAAGCAGCGUGCUUGCGAGUCACAGCUAUGCUGGCUUGUAAAGAUUUGCUUUGGGUUGGUACAAGUGCUGGUGUAAUAUUAACGUUACCACUCCCACAUUUAACUUCAACAACUGUUACUCUGGAUGACAUACCUAAUGUCUCAGGGUUACCUUAUGGUCACACUGGGCAUGUUCGCUUCCUAACGUGUGUUGAAAUGACUCCAGGAACAUCACUGGAUAUGAGUGGUUACAAUAAAUAUGCUGUGCGCUCAUUAAGAAGCAAAGAAGGAGCCGGUGGCCGUCGAGCAUCCACUAGUGCCUCUAGCGGCUGCAAACUUUUAGUGAUCAGUGGAGGCGAUGGCUAUGAAGAUUUCCAGAACUCUGGGCAGGGAGAAGCAGCGGGUCGCGAUGAUAGCACUAAUCAUUUGCUGCUUUGGCAAGUGUGAUAAAAAGCAGUGAAUAGCCAAUAUCAGUCAUUCUGUCUGUGAUAAAAUUGCAUUGUUUAUUUAAACACCUACCAAUUUAUUCUAAGGUGGUAAUGCAACUAUUACAUGUAUCUGAAAAGAGAUUCAUAUAUAUACCAUGAUAAAUAUUUAUGUAACUGAUGUAUCUUCAUUGCAUACAGAAAUCAUGUAUUUGUCACUGAUUCCACAUACUUAACUGUCAAACACGGUACUUAGUGAUUGUUGUAUUUCUGUAGAAUUUUUUUCAUGCUAACAUGCUGAAUUCAUUUAAAAUUUAAACAUUUCCCCCCUAUGAUCUUUGUAAUCAAACUAAGUCCACCUCCCCCCCCCCCUCCACACACACACUGAUUCCUUUUUUUUUUGGUUAACUUAAUUGACUGUGUGCAACACUUCAUAUAAAGACCUUGCUAGAUAUGAAGCACAAAAAUACAUUUCACAUGCUAACAACAACGUGAAAAUUGCUAUAGAAAAACUUCUUAUUGACUCGCUGUAAAUGUAUUUUAGGUAAGAUUCUAAAAAGUAUAUUCCUCAUAUUUGUAAAUUUCAUAUACAUAUUUAUGUGCGUGUAUGCAUGGUUAAACUAAUAAAAGUUCCUUUAACUCAAUUAACAAUCUGAAUAAAAUUCAUACUGAAAAACAUGCAUUUGUAAACGUUUGUUAAUUUAUAAGUAGAUUAAUUCGGGAAAAAUAUUUUACAGUAAAUCUUUUACCUUAAAAAUAAGAUGUACUUACCAGAUACAUUGCUCAUAACUUUUAAGAAAAAGGCAUCACACUUAAUGCUGUAUUUAAAUUAUAUGAAACAUAUUUUUGUGUCCAGUAAUUUUCCUAAAAUUGCAUAUGCCUAGAAACGUUACAUUCACUGGGUUAGGUUGCGAUGAAUUUAAAUUUAUACUUUACGUUAUUGCUUAUUAAGAAGUUAACUUUUAUAACAAUUAAAUUAGUUUCCUUUUCUGCAGAGCUUUAAUUGUCGUCUUUGAAUCUCAGAGUGUCUCAAAUCCCAAUUUUCAGCAGGAGCAAUAUAGGCUCUUUGUUUUACUCGGUAGCUUUUUAUACUCUACAAUUAAUCCUAUCGUGUUUCUAACUGCUUUUUUGACCAAAUACCUAUGUAGCUGGCAGAUAUAGUUUUAACAUUCCAUUUUACAUCUGAUUUUAUGUGUUUCUUAUAAAAUCAAGCGUUCAAAGGCGUAAAUUUUGUGAAACUACCAACAUUAGGUAUACAUAUUGACAUUUUCAAAGGGGAUGCGUAUAAUUUUUCUCUUCAUAAAAAUCAAGACUUAUAUCUAGUGACUUCAUUUAAAUAUUCAACAAUAAUAAUAAAAAUAAAAAAAAAUACUUUUAACAUACCAUCGAGAACUACAAAAAAAAAACAUUUUUUGAUGAGUUAAAUAGACAUUUUGAGUCAUUCCUAUUUCGUAAAACGUCAACAAUUAUCAAUAAUCCCCUUCAAACUUCAUUUGUAAUCAUUUCGUUACAACAUUACUCAUGUACAUGAUUAUCUAAAACACUGAAGAUAUAGAUCAUAAAGAUGAAUAGGAAUUGAAGGUUGUUGAAAGGAAUUUUAUCAUUAGUCUUCCAGCCCGUUCCCACUAAUAACUGGUAGGGAAAAUAUAUUGACCUAAAUCUACUCGUUUAGUGACGCCUACUAAUGUAAUACUAAUGUCAUUUAUUAAACUUACGUAAGCUUUUGAUAAGCCUCUUAAACUGAAUUUUUGCGAUUUUGUUACUACACAACACAUUUUAAAAUUAUAAUGUUUUGGAAAUUCUUAUUUGAUAUCUUAUAAAAUUUCUAAUAAAAUAAAUAUUAUUUUAAUAUUAAUCUUAACGUUAAAAAAUAUUUUUUAAAUUGAACAUAAAACAAAUGGGCUCAGGCUUAGCUUACCUAAUAGUAUGUGAAGUAUGAGUUUUGAUAAUUAUUUGUUUUCAUCAUUUUGAUAGUUUUAAAGGAAAGCAUAUGUAUACAUCUCAGCAGAGUCAUUCGCUUUUAACAGUAUAGUUUCAAAAUAUAUAUUCAGUUAAAAGUUUUAUUAGCGAUAUGUUUUGAAACAUAGAGGUUUUUGUAUUUAAAAAGAAAUAUUACAAAAAUCAUCGCUUCUGUAAAAUUGUGAAUAAUUUAAAAUAAAUUACUUGUUUAAUUUAUAAACAUUAUUCUAAAUAUUCAAUUGCAUCAUUAAAUUGUGCAUCAAAUAUAUAAAAAAUAAUACAUAUUUUAAUUCAGAAGCAUAAAUGCAAAGAUGAUAGGAGUUUUACAACUUUGUUUUUCAAAUAAACAAAAUAAAAAUAUUUAUCUAUGCUCUCCAUGAACUACAUAAACAUGUGAGUGUCGAACAUCCAACUUUAUCUAUAUUUUACAUUAUCAACUAUCAUUAUCCUUUAAAUAAAUUCAAAAUUUAAAAUAUAAAAAAAUCAACUUUAACUUACAUAAAAAAGGUAUUUCUAAAUGAAUUUAGUGAAACUUCGUAAUAAGACACAAAUUGUAAAUAAAAAAGUUAAUGUAAUAUUCAAUGUAGUUUGUGUUUUACUAUAUAUUCUUCCAAUAAAUAUAAAAACCGACGCAUGUAUUCUUUCAACUUGCAUCUAUGUAAUUAAAAAAUUAAAUAUUUUUCGUACUAAAAAACACAACUUAAUCUAUUAAAUUAAAAUGUUGUUUAAAAACGUUUAAUUUUUGGGCAUUAAAUUUAUGUUAAUCGUUGAGUUUAAAUGUUGCCCAAAAAGUAAGCUUCUUGGGUAGUGAGGAACCAACCUUAAUAUUUGAAUUGAAACCUUAUCAAAUAAUGUAGUUUCGGGUUCAACAACCAGACUCGAUCGUUUAGUUAAAACAAGUCUCAAAAUGCAUAUUUUCAUAAAUUUGAGAGUAAACUAUUACUAUAAAACUGGAAUUUUUGAAUAAGACAUCAUUAUUGAAUGUAAAAUAAUUUUGCAAUUAAUAUAUUUUUUUUAAAUGGACGAGAAAUAAUCGUGUGUCCAUUUCAUUGACCUCGUAAUAUAAAAGGCAACAUAAGCAUGAUAUUGAAGAUAUAUAUUACCUGUAUAAUUUUUGUAAUUUUCUACUUGUAUAAUAUUUUUGUAUUUGUGUAAAGCGUGUACAUUUCAAAUAUAUCUUUAUAUCAUGAUUUUGUGACUCUUAUUGCUACUUAAAUGUAUGUACGUUUUUUUGUUAUAAAGAUGCUUAGUGUAGACAGAAGAAUGAUUUUACCUUUCUAUAUUUGAGAUUUGAAACUUAAAAAAGAAAGAAAAUAUGUUUUGAUCAUAUAUAUACCGUCACCUCAAAGCAACAGCAAAAUAUCUAAGUCUGAGCAUAACAGUAAGAUAUCCUACUGAUGUUCUGAGGUGAUGAGAUUAUAGAUAUGAAGGGUUUGCAGCAACAAAGAGUUAACUCCAUUUUUUGGUCGUUUGGUUCAACAAGGAGUUAUCUCCGGUUGAUAGUUCUCUAAUUAUUCGCUAGAAUGAGUUGGCUGCUUCAUUCGCUUGAGGCAACAUGGAGUUAACUCCAGGAGAUUUCCUAACCAUAAAAAAUGGAGUUAACUCUUUGUUGCUGCAAACCCUUCAUAUGUAGAUUAUUAAUACACAUAUAAUUUUAUCUUCAUAUAGUUGUUUUUAAUUCUAUUAAACAUUUCUUUGAAACGCUUCAUUUUUUUCAAUAAAACUAUAUCUUGUCUGAGUAUUGUGAAAAUUGUAUAUAUAUACAUAUAUAUAUAAUUGUUCUUGAUUGUGUCUUUGUGCCUAAAACGUCAAUGCAUUAUCACCUUGGAAUAAUACACUGUGAAUGCUUUUAGAAAUGCAUCUAAUAUCGGAACUAGCAUUUGUGCCAAUGAUAAAGAGAAGUCUGCAAUAUCAUCAGAUAUUUCAGCAUUUGUAAAUAGUUUCUGUACAUAAUCUGUUUCUGCAUGAGAAUUUUUCUGUCCAUUAAUGGGAAAAAUGUCACUACAUUCUGAUUUUUUUUUUUUUUUUUUUUUUUUUUUUUUUUUUGAGCUCUUCAUUACAAUUGUGUGUGCUGCAUUCAUUUCUUGUGGAAAAUCACACUGUCCGAAAUUAUCUGCUAAUAAAUCAUAAUAUAUCUUUGCUAAAUUAUACAUUACAUAAUCAAAAUUUUUCCUUGAAGAAAUAAUUUACAGUGUAUUAUAUUUAGCAUUUAUUUACAGUUAUUGAAUUUCAUGUUUAGUGUACGCCUUUUAAGAGCAUUCAUUAUUGUUGAAAAACUAUUGUGUAAUGAACAGUUUAUUCUAGAAAAAAAUGU